AUUGGAAUGACCGACCAAUACAUUUCAUGGAAUGAUACAAUUGAUCCGCAAGCAUGUCGUACCAGUGAACAAGAGUUCCAUCUUCUUUCGCGUGAUCCGGCACGUACGCCAAUGCAAUGGGACAGUAGUGCAAACGCGGGAUUCAGUAUAGCCAAUAAAACAUGGCUUCCUGUCGCCGAUAAUUACACUCUCAACAAUGUUGAACUUCAAGAGUCGCAGACUGUUAGUCAUUUGAAAGUGUUCCAGUCACUGGCAAAAUUGCGAUCCAAUCCUACAAUGAAAUAUGCUGAUGUUCAAAUGGAAGCGAUCAAUGAUGAUGUGCUCGUGUAUAAAAGACAAAUGAACGAUCCAAAAUCGAAUAGCGGUUCCAAUCACUCCGAUAUUAUUGUAAUACUUUUGAAUUUUGCCACGCAAAUGCAGAGUGUCAAACUAGACAGCGUAUUAAAUAACACACUGCCACUAAAAAUGACGGUGAACAUUACCUCAAUACAAUCGACAUCGCUGGUCGUCGGGCAAGAGGUCAAUAUACAAAACGUAGAUGUUCCACCCGAAGUCGGUGUUGUACUCAUCGGAAAAAAUUCUCACACAAAUGGCUCCUCGGCACAUAACUCAGCAAUUUUAGCUCUUAUUUGUUGUUCAUUGUUCUUUCAUAUUUUGCUAUAAAUUUUAUUUUUAACUAGCCGAAUGGGCUCGCUUCGCUCGCCGUUUCGGCUAGGAUUCGCCAAGUUGCACUAUUUUCAAAACUUCGGGUUAUUGUCGCUAUAUUCAUCAUUACUUCAAUUCUUGUGUCAUCCUCGGCUUCUUGCGUCAUCUCUCGUACGUUCAUUUUUUUCACAAUUAAUCUUUUUUGGGUUUUAAAUUCGAUAGCUAUUAAUAUGUCACUGACCUGACAACAAAUCAAUCCAGCUACUUUGAUUCGAAUCCACAAUACAUCGUCAAACUCCAAAAAAUUUAAUUCGAAAACCAAAACUGCAUUUAUAAAAUUACUCUUGAGGCCGCGCGAAAUCAAACAAAAAGUAUAACAAUAGAUCCAUGAAUCAAAAAAAGGAGAGAUAAUUGGCUACAGACACACACACACACACACACACACACACACACACACACACACAGACGAACAUUCAGUUUUAUAUAUAUAGAUAGUAAUAAUUAUCUCAUAUUUCAUAAUUAAUUCUUUUGUUCCAAUAAAUACAAGCAUUUUUCAGAACUAAAAAAA